UGCGUGACACGGAGACUAUAUAACCUCAAACCACAUCUACACAGACACGGCUGAUUGGACUUAGCUGAUGCAGCGAUCAUCUAUGCAGAUAUCUGCUCUGACAGGAUAUCGAGGUACAGCUUUAACCGUGAGCUCCUCUUCUAACGCAUCCAAGUGACUCGGCCGUGCGCCUCACCUGUGCCUCAGACGAUUUAUCAGCUCAGACUGUGUGUAAAAAUGUAUCGAGGAUUGCUGUUGGUGUUCCUCAUCCUUCUGGUUGAGACUCGGCUCAGUGAGUCGAGCUGCGCGGAACAAGAGACGCAGAGAUCAGCCUCGGACGAGAGUUCAAGUUUCCGACUCGCGACUCGUAACUUGCUGAAGCGGUAUCACGACAUAGACUACGACAGUUUUGUUGGACUGAUGGGCCGCAGGAGCGCCGAUGCUGCUGCUGCUGCUGAGGACCAGUCUCAGCGUAAAAGAGAAAUGCAUGACAUCUUUGUGGGACUUAUGGGACGGCGAAACAGUGAAGAUGACACUGAACGUCCAUGGAGAAAAGACUACCCAGAGACACGUGGCCUGUUCUUUAACAAGUGCAGACUGAGGUUUCGUCGUGGGUUAUAGGCAAAAAUCCUCUGGACCAGCUGUUCCGUUCUCACAGGAUGAACUCCUUUUCAUGACACACUUUGCAAAAAAUAAAAAAAAAAGUCAAAUAAUUACACGAUAGCAAUUAUUCUAAAUUAUAUUUGUCGAAGGAUGAUGAUUUAUGAUGAACUGCAACUAGAACUUACAUAGAUUUGUAUAUACCAGUAGCAGUAUAUAAAUCUCUAGAAACAUCUUUAUCUGACUAUAUUUAUUUACCAUAUUAACUUUCUAAUGUAAAAAAAGCAUAAUUUUUGUAAAUAAAUGUAUUAUUUAA